AUGGUCCGGAUCCCGCCUGACCACUACAUUCACGUGCUGGACCAGAACACCUGCAUCGCCCGUGUCGAGAUUGGCCCGCAAACGUACCACUGCCUGGACAAUGAAAGGGUUCCGUUCGCGCCCGUGCCCAUGAUAGUGGUGCCCCCGCGCCACUACUGCGUGGUUAAGCUCAAGCACGCUGACCUGGACAUCCGUCUCACCGGGAAUCCCUUCCCGCUUCACCCUGGUGAGAAGAUCCAGCAGGACGUGACCCCCCUGCAGGUGGUUCACCCCAACACAGCGCUCCGUCUGCAGGCGCUAAUCAACUUCAUGGACGGCACAGAAAGACGCGUGGCGGGAACCGAGUGGCUCUUUGAGGGACCCGGCACGUACAUCCCGAGGAAGGAGGUGGUUGUCCUGGAGACCAUCGAGGCCACAGUGAUCGGCGAGAACCAGCCCAUAAGACUGCGAGCGCGCCAAGAGGGCGUUGACCGCAGGGGAGUGCUCCGGGUUACGGGUGAGGAGUGGCUGGUGAGAAAGGCGGGCGUGUACCUGCCGGGCGCCCACGAGGAGGUCAUCGACAUCGUCAACGCCUUCCUCCCGACGGACAAGCAUCUGCACAGGUUUUCCCUCCACUGUCACAUCCGCCGGGCCACUGCUUCUCUGGCUUCCCGGGCAGCCCUAUUCAAAUUGUCCACACCAGAGAUCAUCACGGCCGUCCACCAGAUGGAGCUGUUGCUCCCUGUUGCAUCGGCGCCCUGGGUUGGCGUAGUGGGCCUCCGGCUGGGCAAGUGGCUCCGCGCGGCCGGUAUUGUGGGCAUCCUCUUGCGCAAUGAUCGGUUUCGCCGCAGAUGA